AUGAGCACGGAAAACAUGGAAAAAACAGACUAUAGGGGCUGCGAAGAUGCUAGUGUUUAUAUCCCGAAGAAGAACUUCAGAUCCGCCUUUACCUGGGCCCUCUACGAGUCAACGAGGUCCUAUGAACCGUACGUGAUGGUAGGAUGGUUUGGUGGUCUACUUUUCUGCUUGCCUUAUGUUAUUUCUUCAUCGUACUUUUUUUUGAGCACGGUUACUGUUAUACUUCUGCUAGAAAGUGUCAUGUUGGUGCCUCUGAUUUGCAUGAUCUGCAGAGGGGUAAGAGCAAGAUCCCUGGUCUCCAGGAGCACUAAAGCAUUGGCUGAAGCUACUGAGGAAGUCUUUAGCUCAGACAAGGAAACCUUGGCCAUUGGAUGGGACAAGGUCGCUAGUAAACUGAACAGAAAGUUUUAUAAUGCAGGCGAUUGGAAAACACCAUACUGCUUGUUUGAUGGUUCACAUUGCGAGAUUUUCUUCAGGUGCUACGUUUUGAAACCAAUAUACGAGGAAGAAGAACUAGAUGGAUGCGAGAAAAAUCGCUUACGUUCAGCUGCCAGUAUCUAUCAACAAAGGAUCGUGGAUCAGUUCAGCAGGGACAAGGAGGACACUUCUGUGUUAGCUGAGGAUAAUCUUCCUGCUGAUUCUCACCACAGCAUAUAUACCUGGAGAUUAAAAAAUUCCUUGAGAUCUGUUGGUCACAAAGUUUGGUUUGUUAGCAUGUUGCCUCAAGUUUUUUUGGAUCAUACGUGGUCCUUACGUUUAAUACAUAUGAUAGUAGUAAUCCUAAUGUUUGUUGCACUGUCUACAACUUCUAUUGGGAUUACUCUACUGGGGAACACUCUCAGUAUCACUACCACUAAGGAUCGCAUAAGAUUACUGGCAGCUAUAUCAAAUGUUGCCCCAGGAGAGGACUCAGAGCUCUGGGAUGUAGUUGCAAAGCGCAUGAAUGCUUACUUGAACGAAGAUCCAAACGUUACUGGCGUCCAAAGGUUCUUCGAUGGGAAAGAAUGCUGCAGUUUUUUUGAAAAGCAGCUCAAACCUCUCAUGUCAGGAAGGAACAAAGAUUAUCAAGUCGCAACCUAUGAGAUAAUUCCUCUAAUCACAUCCGCUGCUGGAAGUUCUUCCGUAUAG